CGUUCCUGCAAUCAAGUCUUGUCCUCUCCUCAUCCUUCCUCAGUCCCACAACAUUCUACACCCUUUCUUCAAGGCCAGGUUUCACCACACAGAUAGACAUUACCCAUGCUUUCAGAAUCCGAAGGCCAGUCGCGCCGAAUACCAACCCUGGCCUCAUAUUGCCAGCGCGUUCUCUCAGCGCACGCAGAUGCUUUGAGUUGUCUUGGUGAUGACAUACGGUAUGACCUGAUUAAACCUGUCCUGGAAUGCUGCUCUGCAGAGACUCUGCUUCGCCUUGAACAAUCAUCUCCAUAUCUGCAAGAGAACACGUCCGACUUGUGGGAGCGCUUAUGCUUCAAGACGUAUCCUCUACUUGUAGAGCAACUUGCUCGGAAUGGGGAACUUCGGCCUGAGUCGUGGCGUGAACAGUUCUUUUUGCUCCGCGAGGCAGAGGCACAUCGCCUGGAGGAAGUAUCUUCCAAACUACGCAACCAACGCAUGGAAGCUGCCGAGCGCAAGAAGGAACGAGAAGUUAAGCUGACAGACAGACUACCGCCGGCUAAGCGUGCCCGGACCUCGGUUACUCAACCCAAGUCACUGUUCCAAAAGGCGAAGAACGAGGUGAAGUUCCGGAAGGCUCUAUAUACUACUCGCAUUCUGCCUCCCAUGGUACAUGGGAAAACGUAUCGGGUACUUCCCAGCGCCCCAAAUGCGAAACCACUUAUGGCCUCUUCGUCACGUACACCCAAAAUCUGCAUUGGCAGAACGGGUGCCACUGGACCGCCCUCAGCAUCAACUAAGCUCGCGACUAGUGUACCUGUGUCAACGGAGGAACCGCAGUUGUCCGCCGAACCUCUUCCGGCCGAACAUUCUGCACCGGUUUCCCCGCUUUCAACACUAUCCUCAUUGACGCCCGCAGAGGCGCGCACUCUCAAACCCCCGAUACAGAAGAAAGAUCCGAUGGCAUCCCUCUUCAUGCCGAAACACCGUGCUUUCUCCCAACUACCCAAGGCUGCUAGCAACACACCAGCACGGUAACUAUGUUCUACCCGCUAACUUGCCUCACAAGUUUUCGUCAAUACUCGACUUCUUUUUCAUGAUCUUCCAUGGUCUAGUUUGUUGUACACGAUAUCUAUU